AUGGGGAAGGAAAAAUGGUGCAUCACGUAUGCCCUGAAGAAGGUCGAAGAUGGCUUCAUGUGCCAGCUCCUUUCGGAAAAUUCUACCAUUGUUGAAGAUCCCGAAAGAAAAUACAGAAUCGCUUAUUCAGAAACAAUUGCUCCACAAGAAUUCGAAUUUGCGAUGGUCACGGGGAAAAUUCAUUUUCUGAGAGCGAUGGGGAAAGGACAAUACAUGAAUGCAAAGAGCACUUGCAAAGGCGAAGGUUUGGCUCACCUCGUUAUGGACGAUCGAGGUCAAGAGUGGCACGAUUACGUCCUUGAAUUCAUGGAGUCGCAUUUCCCAUCCCAAGAC